AUGGAGAACCAAACUGACUCAUUUGUAUUCCUUUUUCUUGGACUUUCCAGUGAUCCUCAACUACAGAUUUUCUUUUUCUUUUUCUUUUCAAUCAUUUUUCUAAUAACACUGUCAGGCAACAUCACAAUAAUUUUGAUUGUAAGAAUGGAUCCUUCUCUUUCUGCACCCAUGUAUUAUUUCCUCUCUCAUUUGUCAUUUGUUGAUAUCUGUUAUUCUACAGAUAUUGUUCCUAAGAUGUUAAUACAUUUUCUUAUGAAGCAAAAGACAAUUUCCUUUACUGGUUGUGUUAUGCAAAUGUUUUUCAGUUGUCUGUUAAGUGUUACAGACAUUUUUCUACUUUCAGCAAUGGCAUAUGACAGAUACAUUGCUGUUUGUCACCCACUUCAUUACAUAAUGAUCAUGAAUAAAGCAAUAUAUACUUACCUGGUUAUAGGAGCAUGGCUAAUGGGCUUAUUGUCUGCAAUCAUAAACAUAGUUCCCAUAUUUGACUUACAGUUUUGUGGCUUUCAAGAAAUUAAUCACUUCAGAUGUGAACUUCCAUUGCUAUUGAAAGCAUCUUGUUCUGAUACUUUUCUUAAUGAAUGGAUUCUUUUUUUUUCUGUGUUGAUUUUUGGAUUUGGUUCCUUCUUACCAACUUUAGUCUCCUAUAUCCACAUCAUCACCAGUAUCAUGAAGAUACGUUCUGCAGAGGGCAGAAGAAAAACUUUUUCCACCUGCAGUUCUCAUCUAACUGUGUUGGGUUUGCUAUACAUGACAGGAAUGUCUCAGUACAUGAAACCUAGCAGUGUUUCUUCAAUUACACUAGAUAAGCUUUUCUCGAUUCAGUAUAGCAUUUUGACCCCCAUGCUGAAUCCAAUUAUCUAUAGUCUAAAAAAUGAGGAAGUGAAGAAGGCACUUAGAAAAAUAAUUACAAAAAAGUAA